AUGGCGUCAUACACUCCGAAGAACAUUCUAAUCACCGGAGCAGCCGGUUUCAUCGCUUCACAUGUCGCCAACAGGCUCAUCCGGAGCUAUCCGGAUUACAAAAUCGUCGUGCUCGACAAGCUCGACUACUGCUCCAACCUCAAGAAUCUCAAUCCGUCGAAACAGUCCCCGAAUUUCAAGUUCGUCAAGGGCGAUAUCGCCAGUGCGGAUCUGGUCAACUAUCUCCUCAUCACCGAAGGCAUCGACACCAUCAUGCACUUCGCCGCGCAGACUCACGUCGACAACUCGUUCGGCAACAGUUUCGAGUUCACCAAGAACAACAUUUACGGGACUCAUGUGCUCCUCGAGGCCUGCAAAGUCACUGGACAGAUCAGAAGGUUCAUCCAUGUGAGCACAGAUGAGGUCUACGGGGAGACUGAUGAGGAUGCGGUUGUUGGUAACCAUGAGGCUUCUCAGCUUCUCCCAACGAAUCCUUACUCUGCAACGAAAGCUGGAGCUGAGAUGCUUGUUAUGGCGUAUGGUAGGUCGUAUGGGCUUCCCGUUAUAACCACACGUGGGAACAAUGUGUAUGGACCUAACCAGUUUCCUGAGAAGCUGAUUCCUAAGUUCCUCUUGCUGGCGAUGAGAGGGAAAGUCCUUCCCAUUCAUGGAGAUGGCACGAAUGUUCGUAGUUACCUUUACUGCGAAGAUGUUGCUGAGGCGUUUGAGGUUAUUCUUCAUAAAGGAGAAGUUGGACAUGUUUACAACAUUGGUACCAAGAAAGAGAGGAGAGUGAACGAUGUUGCGCAAGACAUCUGCAAACUCUUGAACAAGGACCCUGAGGCAAACAUCAAGUUUGUGGAGAACAGGCCUUUUAACGACCAGAGGUACUUCCUCGAUGACGAGAAGCUUAAGAUCUUGGGGUGGUCAGAGAGGACCACAUGGGAAGAAGGUUUGAAGAAGACGAUGGAGUGGUACACGCAGAAUCCGGAUUGGUGGGGCGAUGUUUCUGGAGCGUUGCUUCCUCACCCGAGGAUGCUGGUGAUGCCUGGUGGGAGACACACUGAUGGGUCUGAAGAGAGCUCUGGAGCAGUCUCUUUAUCUGGAAACUCGAGUCAGAGCCAGAUGGUGGUUCCGACUCCUAGAAGCAAUGGCUACACUCAAAACCCUUCGCUGAAAUUCUUGAUAUACGGUAAAACAGGAUGGAUUGGGGGAUUGCUUGGACAGAUUUGUGAGAAGCAGGGGAUUGCUUUUGAGUAUGGGAAAGGGAGGCUUGAGGAUAGAUCAUCCCUCUUGCAAGAUAUUCUGAAUGUUAAGCCUAGCCAUGUCUUCAAUGCUGCUGGUGUGACAGGAAGACCCAAUGUGGACUGGUGCGAGUCUCACAAAACAGAGACAAUCCGUGCCAAUGUAGCAGGCACUUUGACUCUGGCUGAUGUCUGCAGAGAGCAUAGCCUCCUGUUGAUGAACUUUGCUACUGGUUGUAUAUUCGAAUACAAUGAAAGCCAUCCGCUAGGUUCAGGCAUUGGCUUUAAAGAAGAAGACACACCAAACUUCACUGGCUCAUUCUACUCGAAAACCAAAGCCAUGGUCGAGGAGCUGCUUAAGGAGUUUGAUAACGUGUGCACUCUAAGGGUUAGGAUGCCGAUUUCCUCUGAUCUAAACAACCCGAGAAACUUCAUCACCAAGAUUUCCCGGUACAGCAAAGUAGUGAACAUCCCAAACAGCAUGACCGUGCUGGACGAGCUUCUUCCAAUCUCGAUAGAGAUGGCGAAAAGAAACCUGAGAGGGAUUUGGAACUUCACCAACCCUGGUGUUGUGAGUCACAAUGAGGUCCUGGAGAUGUACAGAGACUACAUCGACUCAGACUUCAAAUGGGCAAACUUCACACUAGAGGAACAAGCUAAGGUCAUCGUUGCUCCUAGAAGCAAUAACGAGAUGGAUGCAUCUAAGCUCAAGAAAGAGUUCCCUGAGUUACUCUCAAUCAAGGAGUCUCUGAUCAAAUAUGCCUUCGAGCCAAACAAGAGAACUUGA